GGUGGGGGAGUGACGGUUCUAUGGCGUAAUCAUGGGGGUGGUGCCAUAUAAUAAAAGGGCAGGGUUUGAGGCGUUUUGCAGUCGUUAAGUGAAGCUUUCAUGGUGGGGGAAACGAGGGAGAGGAUAUAAAUGUUUUUGAGUGGAAUCUCAUAUGAGGAGCACAGUUUUGUGGAAUAGAUGGGUAAUGAUUAUCUUUGGGGUAGGAGAAGAUUUGAAAAUGGUGAUGAUAGAAAAAGGUGAUUGAGUUCACCUGAGAUCCGGAAUUUUUAAAGAGAUCAUUUUUGUACUUACCCAUCAUUUCUUUGAAACUUUUUAUGAUUGGGGUCACCCUAUAACAGUUGUGCACCCGGUCAGAGAAUAGUUUGUGCAUAACAAGUAGUGUAGAUUUAUACUGGUUCAAUUUGCAGUUGAGUUAUUUACUCUGAUCAUAAAGGAGGUUAUCUAUGCACCCAUUGAUCCAUGAUUCAGAUGGUUGAGCUUGCCAUGGUAUGAAAAAGGUUAUUAUGAAAUUGGCCUGUCAAUAGGAAAGAUCCGCUAUUUAUUGUAAUUUCAUAUAGAUGGAGGAAUUGCUUCAGGUUGGUUCUGGUUUUAAAGAGGUUAUAUGUUUGUUCAAUCAAUGAUUUUAGGGUUUGGAAAGAUAGGGAGUUGAUAGUUUGGAAGGAUGAAGGAAUAUAGCUCUUGUUCCAAAGAAAAUGAGGGUAAUUUUUGUAGCGCAAUAUUACCUGAAACACCAUGUGGGAGAGGACACUGGAGGCCAGAUGAGGAUGAGAAGCUGAAGGAGCUUGUUGCACAGUUUGGACCACAGAAUUGGAAUGCCAUAGCAGAGAAACUUCAUGACAGAUCAGGAAAGAGUUGCAGGCUAAGAUGGUUUAAUCAACUUGAUCCAAAGAUAAAUAGGCGUCCAUUUUCAGAAGAGGAAGAACAGCGCUUGCUAGCUUGUCACCGUUUGCAUGGCAACAGAUGGGCCAUCAUUGCCAGGUUAUUCGAAGGAAGAACUGAUAAUGCUGUCAAAAAUCACUGGCAUGUCAUCAUGGCCAGAAGACACAGGGAGCACUCAAGAAUGUAUGGCCGCAAGAAAAUGUUUCAAACCAUAAAAAAUUCUGGUAAAUUCCAACAUAAAUACAACGAUAUUGGGUCACAAUCUCACAACUUUCUUCUGAAAUUUGACAAACACCAUCAACAGCUUAAUGAAACGAGCCUACUCAAACAUGGUAGCAGGUCGCCAAUUCAGCUGGACUUCUUAGGGCACAUUUCUAACCCUGAAAACAGUUCAGUAAAAGAAAAGAAGUGGAAAUUACUUCCUUAUCUGUCUGAAAACAUCGGACCGACAACAUCAGUAUCAAAUGCAUCAUCCAUGCUAUUUGAAGGCUCAGGAAUCAGUAGUGAAGUGGACAGUGCACUGGAACGAGUAAAACUUCAUGACUUGAAAAGAGGUGAUAAUUUGGACAGUAAUGGGGACCCUUGUAAAAACAAGAGCUACAAUUUCAAAUCAAUGUUACCUUUCAUUUCAUCUCCUCAGAAAACAGAGGAUAUCACUUAUUAUAACUUUCUGAAUGUUGCUUCUACACCGAAGAAUAUGGUGGAUGAAUCUAGGCAGAAACUAGAAGAGAAUGAGCAACAUAAUGGAGGGGGGAUUCCUUUCAUUGAUUUCUUAGGUGUGGGUGCCUUUUAAACUAGGCAUACUGCAAUGCAGGUUAAGUCAUUUGCUGGUUACGUUGCAACCUAAGAAGUAACCUUUGUUUUUCUAUAGCCGUCUUCUAGAACUAACACCGUAAGGUGUAGUUGCAGUCGGCAGUUAUUUCAGGUGGUGUAAGAAGAAAAUUAGAUUACCAUGAAAGAAGAUUAUUAGACAGCAUGAUGAUGUAACUGUUCAGAAUAUAUUUAAAUGAGAUUUAAGGUGAGGAGGUCACUUUAUUUUCCAAUUAGAGUGACGUUGAAGGUCAUUGAAAAGAUAGAUGUACUUAUGCCAACACAAUAAGAGAAUUCUUGGUUUAUCGAUAA